AGCCCCGGCCUUGUCGCAACCGCCCCGGCGCGUCGGCUGGCUGGGCAGCCGGGUGAAGGUGGAGCUUGGGAGGCGGCAGCGGAGCGGGUAGACAAGCCGACCCAGCAGCAGCAGCAACAGAAGAAGAAGGAGCCUCCCCCCGGGAUGGUCCCGCCGGCGCCAGCUGCGCGCUAUUUAACCCUAAGCGCCCAGACCGCGCCCGGCCCGCAGCUUCAGCGGGCUUAAAGGAGACGGUGGGUCGGUCGGUGGCUGCUUCGGGCUUGCUUGUUGCUUGGUUUUUCCCCUCCUGCCCCGGGGAUGCGCGCAGGGCGAGGAAGCCUGCCUCGCCUUGGCCGAAGUGCGGGGAAGGAGGCGGAGGCGCCUCCGUCCUGCCAACGGGGAGGGCAGUGGGGGCGGCAGCGGCAGAAGCAGCAGCGGGGGCGCCCCCGGGCUCCGGCCAUGCGCGCACCGUCCGGCCAAGCUCGCUUGGGUUGAGCGCGCCGCGGGACCCACCUUGCCAUGGCCAAGGAGGAAUGCAAGGCGCUGCUGGACGCGCUGAGCAAAGUCACGGCUUGCUACCGGCACCUGGUGCUGACCGUCGGGGGCGCGGCGGACUCGCAGGAGCUGCGCGAGGAGCUGAAGAAGACCCGGCAGAAGGCGCAGGAGCUGGCCGGGGUGACCCGGACCCAGCUGACGGCCGCCCUGCGGAACAAAACCUUGGCCAAAGAGGAGCGAGCCGAGUUCGAGCGCCUCUGGGUCAUCUUCUCCGCCUGCCUGGAGAUCCUGGAGGGCGACAUGCGGCGCGCCCUGCAGCUGGGCCAGGCGUUCCCCCUCCACGUGCCCAAGAAGCCGCUCAUCCAGACGGGGCUGAGCGGAGGCACCUCCGGGGUGGCAGCCCGGGCCAUGAGCGUCCAGAACAUGAAGUACAACGCCGAGGCCAACAUCGACGUGGUGGAUCUGACGGACCUAGAGCAGGAGAUCAGCCAGGUGGGCGAGAUGAUCUACGAGAUGGAGAUGAAGGUCAACGUGCCCCGCUGGACGGUCGAGGCCAAGCAAGACCCGGGCACCGAGCUGAAUUCCAACAUCAGUGGGGGCGCCUCUUCCCUGGGUGCCGUCUCGGGGGUUGAGAACAAGACCCUUUGCGAUCCCAGCAGGGUCCUGGCCGCCAUCAUUUUCACCGCCGUCCUCCUGAUCGCCAUCGGCCUGGCGGUGUGCGUGGCCAAGCUCUCCUAAGGCUGGACGGGGAGAGGGGAAAGGGCUCUUCCUUGCAACGGUACCAGUGGUGGGAUUCAGCCGGUUCGCACCACUUCGGGAGAACCAGUUGUUAACUUUCUGAGCAGUUUGGUGAA